AUGCUAAGCCUACCAAAGAAAAAUACAACACUUGAAAUAAUUUUUGAUAAUGAUACUUGUAUAAUGUAUGGAUUACCUGAAGAAUCGGAAGGAUGUAAAUUAAAAGGAAAAGUAUUGUUGACUAGUAAUAAGGGAUUGAAAAUAAAAAGUUUUAAUUUUGCUUUUAUCGGUAAAACAAAUGUUACUUGUUGUCCUUUUAUAACUUCUACGAGACCUGAUUGUAACGAGACACAAACAGUAUGUCGAAGAGAAUGUUCAUUCCCUUCACCUCCACGAAUUCCUCCUGGAAUUCAUGAAUUUAAAUUUGAAGUUGAUCUUCCUGGUCAUUUACCUGCUUCAUUCAAAGGAACACGUGGAAAAAUCGAAUAUUGGUGUUACGUUAUUAUAGAAAGACCAAUGUUUCAUGCUGAUAUAUCAAUAAAAAAACCUGUGAUAAUUCGACGUUCUUUAAUACCAAAUGAUAUAUUAGCUUCACCAAUUACUUUACAAGAUCGUUUAACAACUUUUACUGAAGGUAUAUUAGAAGAAAAAGUUCAAUAUCAUAUUAAUGCUCCAAUAAUGGCUUAUAGAGAAGGUGGGUUGGUUUCACUUCAAUUAUCUUUGAAACCAUUAAGUUCAAAUAUAAUUGUGAAAUCUGUUGAAUAUGGUUUAAAAGAAAUUAUCAGAAAUUCUUUUCUUGAACCUAGAACAAGGCUAUCAAUAUAUCCUUCUCCUAAUUCCCCUCUUUCUUCUCCUCUUUCUGUUUCGGCUCCAACUAAUAUUGAUUCUCCUUAUAGUUAUAAUGAUUAUCUUCGUCGUUCAAGUUUUUCUGAUAUAAAUUAUCAACUUUCACAAAUUAUAUAUAAUUCCGAAACAAGUUCUCAAUCAUCUUCUCAUUAUUCUGAUGUAAACAUUCAUCAAUCAACAAGUACUAUAUCUGAUUUUCAACGUUCUUCUCAUCAUCCUGAUGUAAACUUUCGACAAUCAUCAAACACUAUGUCUGAUUUUCAACGUUCUUCUCGUCAUUCUGAUGUAAACUUUCGACAAUCAUCAAACACUAUGUCUGAUUUUCAACGUUCUUCUCGUCAUUCUGAUUUUCAACGCUCUUCUCGUCAUUCUGAUUUUCAGCGCUCUUCUCAUAAUUCUGAUUUUCAACGUUCUUCUCGUCACUCUGAUGUAAACUUUCGACAAUCAAGAAUUAUGUCUGGAUCUAUUGAUUUUCCAAAUUUAAAUAACCUUAUCAAUCAUCAUCAUGAAUCAUUAAAUAAUGAUUUUAAUAAUAUAUUGAAAAAAACAAUUUCUCAUAGGGAACAAUUAUCUUUAGAGAUUCCAUUAAUUAUAACAACAAAAUCAAGUUAUAAUUAUCAUUCAAAUAGAACUAGUAUGAGAAAUAGUUUUAGAAAUAGUAUGAUAAAUAAUAUGGGAAUUGAUAAUGAAAGAUCUCCUCCUUAUAGUAUGGUUGAUGAACCUCCGGCUUAUAUGUAUGCAGCUUUAGUACCUCCUCCACCUCGUUAUAAUCCUGAGUGA